AUGGCGGAGGACCAUCGUCGGUCGAGUGGUACUACCGCCAGUCGUCGGUCGAGUCGUCGGCACAGUGCGAGCAGUGUCUGUUCGACGGCAACCGCAGCGACAACGACCAAUCAUUUUACAUUGCGUCCCUUUCGUCGAGUCCCCGAAGAAGAAACAAUCGUAAAGGCAUUGGACGCGUCGUCGCAGGGCGUUCAAGUCGUCUUGGUCCAAGGUGCCAGUGGCGUGGGCAAGAGUCUGUUGGUGCGAGUGGCACUGCAAGACAAUACCAAAGCAUGGAUGGGAACGGCCAAAUCAGAAUUUCAACGAUCGCCUUUGCCGUUUGCGCCACUGCGUCAAUUGUUGGCCGACAUUGGCAAUCAGGUUUUGGAGGCGCCGUUGGAUGUGCAAUUGUUAGUCAAAGAAGAAUUGCGCAUGGGAUUGACCAAGAAUCAUCAAUUGCUACUCCGUGAAGCCGUGCCCAGUUUGGGAGAUAUUCUCGGUGUACAGCGAGACAGUCUCCUGUCGUCGUCCGCGUUGUACCAUUCGUCCACUUUUGGAGGAUCCUUCCACAAUGCCAGUUUUAGCAUUCGCAGCAGUUCCAAUUUGAACAACAACAACAACAACAUGAACGGUAGUAGUAGUAGUCAUCACUGCAACAACAACCACAACCACAGCAACCAUACUACUACAACAAGUCAAAGUCAACAUGGAAGAGCCGAAAUCAUUACCAAAAAUGGACUCGAUCUGCUCAAAUUGGCCACCCGCGCUUUUUUCAAGGCCAUUACCAGUGUCCGACCCACUGUGAUUGUCUUUGACGAUAUCAUGUGGAGUGACGAAGCCAGUCUCUACGUACUCCUCUCCCUACUGACGGAUGAAACACAAACCAAUCUGCUGUUUUGUGCCACCUAUCGCGAUAAGAUUGCCCAACCACAAGACGAAGCACAAUUGCGACAAUGGAAAUCGACUCUGGCAGAACGAUUGCCACCACACAGAAUUCACGAAAUUCACCUCGAAAAUCUCAAUCUACCGCAAGUCACACAGUUGCUCGCCAAUUCCAUGGGAUACGAUUGUCACAAUCCACAGUGUCCCAUUCAUUAUAAUAGUAAUCAAGAUCCAGAUGAUGAUGAACAAGAACAAUCUACAAGCAACAACAACAACACUCCAGACCCAUCCCUCGAAUUACUCGCCCGCGUUUUUUGCAAACAAACCAAAGGAAAUCCAUUCUUUAUUGCCCAACUCGUCGACAAUCUAUACGCCACCAAUGCCAUUACAUGGAAUGAUGCUUGUCACCAGUGGACCUGGGAAUUGGACGAUAUUUCAAGGCGUGUGCGACAAUCCCCCCAAGUCGUUACGGUCGUGUCGAAACGAUUGGAACGAUUGCCCCACGAUAUGCUCGGCAUUCUCAAAUUGGCAUCGUGUUUGGGAUCGAGAUUCACAUUGGCAUCCGUACAAGCGUGUCAAUCGAUUUUUGAGAUUGAUGUCCUGGACGAAUCGUUGGAAUUGUUGUGUCAACAAGAUUUCCUCGUGCGAUUGGACGACGAACAGUACAAAUUCUUUCACGAUACCAUUCAAUUGGCAGCGUACAGUUUGAUUGCCACGACAACAUGUUCCAAUAAUAGUAGUGAAGGAGAACAACCACAACAAACAACAACGUCACUGCAAGAAGAAGAAGACAAGGAGGAAGAGGAAAACGAAUCCAAAAUUGACGACGCCCAAUCGUCCGACAGUGACGACUUGAAAAUGAUUCAAUUGCAUUGGAAUAUUGGACGGCUCUUGCUAGAACUCAUUCAACAACAGGACGAAACUAAUGAUGAUUGGUUGUUCUUUGCCUGUGUCGAUCAACUCAAUCUGGGACAACAAUUUGCGGCUGAUUCCGUACAAUGGUGUUCCAAGGUUGCCAAAUUGAAUCUCAAAGCGGGGAAAAAGGCCGCUGCACUGUCCGCAUUUCAACCUUCGUCAGUCUAUCUCCAAGAAGGCAUUGAUGUGCUCGGCAAUCAUCUAGCAUUUGACAGGCAAGAAUUCUACGAUUUGGCCAUUCAAUUGCAUUCCCUCUUUGCCAAGACGGAAUUCUGUAUUGGACAUAUCGAAGAAAGUCGGGCAUUGGCCAAUCUCGUUGUCGAACAUGCCAAGACGGCCAAGGAAAAGGAAUCGCCCUACUUGACACUCAUUUCCUGCUACUUUGCGUCCAACGGGAUUAGUGAAGGCGUCGAUUUUUGUCUCGAUCGAUUGGAAUCGCUAGGGGUCAAACUGCCCCGCAAACCCAGUUCCUUGCAGGCAUCGUUGGAACAUCAACGCCUACUGCUCUUGUUGCGGGGCAAAUCCAAUCCGUUUUGGUUGUCCUUGCCGCGUAUGAAGGAUGAAACCAAAGCCGUGGCCUUGCGGAUCUUGUGCGAAUUGGUACUUCACGCCCAUCAGAUUGGACGCACGGCGUUGUUGUGUUUUAUUACAAGCCACAUGAUUCGAAUCUCGAUCGACUAUGGGUCUAGCAAAUUCACAGCCGAGGCAUUCGCCUGCAUCGGAGCCCACUUGUCCAGUCAUGGACACAUCAAAGAAGGAGCGCGAUUUGGCAGUCUCGCAGAAGAACUAUUUCAACAAUCCUUUUUCAACCGAAAACAAUACAAGGGGAGAACCUACCUCUGGGUGGCAACCUGCACCAAAUGGAUGGAGCCACUGACGCAUAGUUUGGAUCUCUUGACCAAAGGAAACGAAUUCUGCAUGGCAGCGGGAGAAAUGGUGUAUGCCUGCCAAUGCCAAGUCAUGUACUCGACACACUUUUUCUACAGCGGACUGGCACUGGAUCCGUUGCUCCAGGAUGUGGCAAAGUUUUGUUCCCUCAUGCUCGAGUACCAACACUACACGACAUUUCAAAUUCUGUCCCCACUCUGGCAAUGUCUGCUGAACUUGACGGGAAACUCGAAAGACCCAAAAAACAUGCAAGCUGGAUUGGCCAUUGAAAAGAGGAAGAUGGUCAUGAACAAGGCCAACACGGGACAACAGUUUCUGAAUUCGUAUUGGAUGCAAGUGGCGUACUAUUUGGGGGACUACGAAAAGGCUUCGGAGCUGGCAGAAGAAUUAAAAUCGCAAUCCGAAGGCCUGACCAAAGCCAUGGUCUACUACCCUGCUCGAGUGUUCUUCUUUACACUCAUUGCAAUCCACAACUUUCGCGUGACCCGCAAGCGCAAGUACAAGGUGGAGGCAUGGAAAUACCUCAAAACCUUCAAAAAGCUCGUCAUGGGAGGGGCCGUGAAUGUGGUCCACAAGCUGCAGCUUUUGAAAGCAGAAAUGUCGGGUUUAUCGACUCGAAAAUCAGUCGACAAGGUCAUUGAUCGUUAUGCCCUGGCGAUCAGCUCUGCACGAAGAGCUGGCUAUAUCCAGGAUGCCGCUCUCGCCAAUUACUUGUGCUUUCAAUUUUGCCACAACCGUCAAGAGAAGGAGAUCAAGGGACACUACCUACAGGAGUCCUUGAGCCUCUGGAAAAUGUGGGAUGCAGUUGCCGUGGCAAAUUCGCUGCGACGACGUCAUCCAGAAGAGUUCAGAACACUCGCCUCUGUACAAUUCAACAACGGUAGCUUUAGGAGCCGCACAGUCUUUGACGCAAGCCUGAUGGAACAACACAAGUUUCUUCCUGUCUAG